UGGCUGGACUUGGGGAGUUAUCAGCAGGCAUCUGUUCCGUCAAACCCACACUCGCAGCGACUCUCGGAUUGUCUGCUCAAUACCAAUAAAAGUCGGGUGUUUCUCCCCGGCCAGAACGUCCCGGCCGCUCUAUACAUGACGGUGACAGCAUACGACAAGGCCUACGCAACCUCUGAGCCGACACACGGGAACUCUACUCUGAUAUCAAGGUUCCCGGGACUAUUUGGACUUCGCCCACCAGCCAAGACUCGCCAGGUUCACGGCCGUCCUCGAAAUCACAUCACUCGACUUUGGACCGCACGACGGGAAUGUGGGAUUGAGGAAUCAAAAGUUCAAUAUCCCGAGCUCGAUAUCGAGUUGAUAUUGCAAGUAUCAAGCUGGGUCGCUUCCGAAGGAGCAAUGAAAGAGCCGCCAAACCAGCGGCUCAAGCCGAAAGCCCGCGAGAACGUGCCGCAUGCGCUGAUCUGCGUGCGGGACAUGCAUGUAUGGCGCGUAUGCCGCCCGCAACAACUUGCUUCUUUCGGAUUUUCCCGGUGCCUUCCCACCUGCAUCUCUUUUCAUGCGGCUGCAGCUCCAGUUUCCGUGCGGGGAGGGGGGGAUGCAGUUGGACGAAGCACAUCGAACCCCUCAUUCCCGCAGAUCAUGCCGCGGUGGCCCGGAGAGGGGAAAGGCGGGAGGGGGCAGCACAUCGUAGCUCUCCCAAGACGAUAUAGUGGAUGGAUCGCACACACUUGAGGGCGGUCGACGUUUGUGACGGCCCCUCGCGUUUCC